AUGGGAAUACCCCAGCAGAUUCGCGACAUAAUCUACGAUGAGCUGUGGGAGCAGACACCUCGCAUUAGAUUGUCCAAGAACAACGCGGCCAGCUUGGAUUCCUUCGAGCUGUGCUACAGCAGCAGAGUACCAGGCGACGACUCUCGAGCUGGCCUACCCCAGUGGCUUCUCUGCAACAGUGCCAUCCUGAAGGAAGGUCUGAAGCAACUACUCACAAAGGGCAAAUGA